GCGACGCUUCCUUUAGCCGCAGUGACAGCUGAGCCCCGAUAGGAAGCGAUCUCUUGGCGGUGCUGGGCCCAGCUCCGGCCUCCUGCCCCCCCACCCCCCCCAGGCCGGGCUCCGCUCCGCUGGCAGUGUCGGGUUACUGCUGUGUCCUGCGCGCCAGGGGGUGGGGUAGAGGGGUGGGCAGAGGAGUAGGCACUCGGGCUGGGCACACAUUCGGCGAGGCAGUGGAUACACGGUCCGGUAAACUAUGGCUGAUGACUUCGGCUUAUUCUCCUCCGGCAGUGGGGCCCCGGGGCCAGCCGAGGAGGACCCCGCAGCUGCUUUCCUGGCCCAGCAGGAGAGUGAGAUCGCAGGCAUUGAAAACGAUGAUGAGGGUUUUGGAGGUGCUGCGGGAGCCCUGCAGCAGCCGGCAGCUGAAAAUGGAACUGGUAUUGAAAACACAGGGACUACAGUCAAUGGAGAUAUGUUCCAGGAAGCCAACGGUCCUUCUGAUGGCUAUGCUGCUGUAGCCCAGGCAGACAGGCUGAGCCAGGAACCAGAGAGCAUCAGAAAGUGGAGAGAGGAGCAGAAGAAGCGUUUGCAAGAGCUGGAUGCAGCUUCUAAGGUGACUGAGCAAGAAUGGCGGGAGAAGGCAAAGAGGGACCUUGAAGAAUGGAAUGUGCGACAGAAUGAGCAGGUGGAAAAAAACAAAGUCAGCAACAGGAUCGCUGACAAAGCAUUCUACCAGCAACCAGAUGCCGACAUCAUAGGUUACGUAGCAUCCGAAGAGGCCUUCCUGAAGGAGUCUAAAGAAGAGGUACCUGGCACAGAAUGGGAGAAAGUGGCCCAGCUGUGUGACUUCAACCCCAAGAGCAGCAGGCAGUGCAAGGAUGUAUCCCGCAUGCGAUCUAUGCUCAUUUCCCUGAAACAAAACCCACUGUCCCGCUAGGCACCCCUCCGGGGUUACCAAAGAGCAGAGGGUGAGGAGGCCAAGGCAGAGGAAGAAGAGAGGAGGGAAGGGGAAGCCACUCCUCCAAUAGCCACAGCACAAAAUGUUUUGUCUCUCCCAUCCUUUGGGGCAAAGGGAGCCCCCUCUCUGGCCUCUUCCUUCUCAAACUCACCACCUUAGGUGUCAUAUAUACCAUUGGUUUGCCACGUCAUGACCACUAAGUCUCCUAGGUCUUUUAUUUUCUUGGUUUAAAGGUUGUAUUGUUAACUCUUUUUACACUUAUUUAUUAUCAUUCUUGUAUCUUUGGAAGCUACAAUCUAAGCUGGGCUGCCAUUUGUAUUGGUCCCUUCCUACUACCUGUGUGACCUUUGCAUAGUCCUUUCCUUUCUCCAGGCUUCAGUUUACUCAUCUGUAAGACAAGAGGGUUUCACUAGAUGACCUCAAGGUCAUUUCUUGCUCUAAAUCAUAUUAGUCUUGCUCAGCUCCAUGACCUUCUUGGAUUUCCAAGAGCACAUGCUAUUUAAAACAUGUGGGAAUCACUUACAGCCUUCUCUGGCCCUUGCUGGUAUCCCCAGACAUCUGCUGUAGUGUCUCCAGUUUUUGAGAACAUUUCAUUGGUCGGAGGCCAUUCUAAUGGGAGAUGCUGAAUCAUGACUGAAAUGAACUCUUUCAGACCCAUCUUGUAAAAAUGGAGAAAUAAUCAGCCAUGGUCCGGUAAGGAAUCAACUGAUCCAGCAAUCAACCACCAAUGAGCACUGAUUGUCUACUAUGUGUCAGACACUGUGUUAAGUACUUCAGAUACAAGUACAAAAGACAGUUCCUGUCCUCAAAGAGCUUAUAUUCCUUUAGAGAAAUAAGACAUGUUCACAGAUGAGGAAAUAUAGGAUGUUUACAAAAUAAAUGCAUUAAGGUUGGAAAGAAAAUGAAGUAGGAAAAAUGGAAAUAGUGAGAAUUCAGGAAAGAGAAGGAGCAGAAGAGGCAAGACUAGGUUGCUGUAUUGGUGAUUUCCUCUGAACUUAUCUGAAAAGAGAGGGUGAACAGAACUGUUGUCUCCCCUGUUAGAGGGAGCAAUUUUUGAGCAAUUACAAGUUCUCCUGAUUCAGAACUGACUCUCCCAGAAAAGUCAUGACCUAGAAGAAAAACUAACAUUUCUUUGGUUAGGAAGAGGUAGCUACAAUGGUCAGUGGUGGAUAUUCACUACAUAUUACUUACCACAUACUAUUGCCUUCACUCCCCAUUACACUGUCCAUUCUUUAAGCCUCUUCCCUCAUGAAGGGACCCGAAAAGCAUCCAUUUUUUAAAAAAAUCUUAUAGCCUUAGGUUAUAUUUAAGUAAAGGUUUGUCUAUUCUAGGUUUGAUAUUUUCUGUUCAUUUCCAUUUCCAUGACCAUGGCCAGUACUUAGCUGGAUGAUAGUACCAUUUUUCUCAAUAACUGGCAUCCUUGCCUUUUCCCUGGCCAUAAUCCCGGCCUUCUUGAUAAGAGCCCAAGUCUCUUGCUUGAGUAGAACCUUAGCCUCUGUCUUGGUUAUAACUCCAGCCCUCUCCUCAACUAAUGAAUUUAUCAACGAGAAUUUAUUAUGCACCUACGUGAACCAAGCACUGUACUGGAUAUUGGAGAUACAAAGAUAAAAGAAGGCUCAUACCCUCAAAGAGCUUAUAUCCUACCAGGGUGACAGCAUGCUCACUCUCACUCACAAACACAUACAGGAUGUACACAAAAUUAAUACAAAGGAAUUAUGGGACAACUGGGAGAACAAGUAAUGUCCCUGGUGGAGAAGGCACUUGAGCUGAGCCUUGAAGGCUGUCAGAGAUUCUGAGAGAAGGAAGUGAAAAGAGAAUUCUCCUCAUGGGGUACACUCUGCAAAAGCUCAAGGGUGGGAAAUAGGUCCUGUACCAGUAAGCCAGUUUGAUUAGAAUAGAGACUAUUUGAGUAGAAGUAAUGUGUAAUCAAACUCAAUUCAUUUCAUCACACGUUUUAAAAGCUUCUGCUCUGGUUCAAGUUGGGCGAAAUUUGAAAGUAUGUGUGGAGCUGACAGUUUAAAAAGGGGACAGAACACAUGUAAACAGACAGACAGCAUCUAUGCUAUCUAAUAUGUGAGGUCAAGCAGGAAGGUCAUUAAUCAGGGGCACAGGAUCAGCUUCCUGAAGGGACCAACAUAAAAAUUUUUUUUUUUUUUUUUUUUUUUUUUUUUUACAAAAUCAAGUUUUCUAGAAGGUGGUUCUCUCAGCUAAACAGAUGAAAAGAACUAUAGUUGGAGACAGCCACAGUGCUCAACAAUCUCUCAUCCAUACUUCCUCAGACACAGUGGUGGACAUCUUUUUUAUGAAUUUUAAGAAGCUUUCUUUGUCCAUCCAGAAAGCCUGAUUUCCAGACUUUAGGGAUCAAUGCUAGCCAGAUUACCCCCAGAUACAAGCUGAUGCAUAAUUAAGCUUUGAAGGCCGGAUUGCAUUUGGGAAGAGUCAUCUUUGGGGACAUCCCUUUUCCUCCAAGUCUGAUUUUAGUGUUUUAGUGAUUCUCUAAUGUUCAAAGGUUCCUUUCAUCCACUUCUACCUGGUCACAUCUUUGCUAGAUGCAAUGUUGUCCUUCAUGAUGAAUUUCUUGGGGAAUUGAUACCAAAUGGCCAUUGGCAGCCAUCAGAAAAUUCUGAAAGAAACUCAUUAAGCUCCUGGCUUCCUUCUACUAACCUGAUAAAAAUAAGUAAUAUCUUGUGCAAAUGCUGGGUCAGAAUGGUUAGAAACACAUCAUAGAGAAUGGCAAUUCCAAUGAGUUGUAUCAUUGCCUUGCUUUUGUCUCUGUGAGCUUAUUUCAAAUCUAUUAUAAAAAAAAAAUAAAUUGAAGCCAUAGAAAGAAAGAAAUGUAUUUUCCCCAAUUAUAAGGUCAAUCAACCAACUAACAUUAAGGGUCUACUAUGGGCCAGACACUGUGCUAAGAGCUUUGGAAUACAAAAAGAGAAUAGUAGCCCUGUCCUCAAGAAGUUGUCUAACAGGGGAGACAACAUACAAUCAUAUAUAUAUGUGUGUGUGUGUAUAUAUAUACACACACACAAGGAAAACUGGGAAAUAAUUGAGAAAAGCCACUAAAAUUAAGAUUAGAAAAGACUUCCUAUAAAAUAAGAUUUUAGUUAGGACUUAAAGCUGGAGAAGCCUGCAGAACUGAGGAGGGACUGACUGGGUUCUAGGAAGGGGGGCAACCAGAGACAAUGCCCAGAGCUAAGUGUGUUUUGCUUUGAUUCAGGUGGGAGGUCAGUGAUUUUGUCUAUGCUUUUCCAUAUUGAGUGUUUGGCUGUGGCUGUCCCUCCAACUCACUCUGAUCUCUCUAAUGCUCAGAAGACAGAUAUUAAGACUAGGGAAGUCUAGGUACAAAAUGACCAGGUAUUGCAAAUGCUUAAAGGUGGGGGCAAAAGCCAAACUCAGGUUAGAGGUCAGAUAAUCAUGUAUAUAUAUAUAUAUAUAUAUAUAUAUAUAUAUAUAUAUAUAUACACAUACACACACACUUUGAUUUAUUCCUUCUACAUUUACUGAGUGUCACAUGCAGAAUCUUAUGCACAGGGUUAUUGUUAUAGUUUAGGCAACUCAUGGUCGACACUUCAUCAACUCUAGUAAGAGAAAAAGACAGAACUAGAAAGCAGUAAUAGUUUUACAUGACAAGUGCCAUCAGAAAGGUACCAAGUACUUACUACAUAAGGUCCUUGGGAAGUUAUUCCCCUGAAGAGACUCAGAAAACUGGAGGAGGCAUUAUUACUAAGCACUCUACAAAUAUCUCAUUUGAUUCUCACAAAACAAUCUCUUGAGGUAGGUAGCUCAAGGAUUAUUGCUUUCAUUUUAUAGGUGAGCAAACUGAAGCCCUGAAAAGGGAAGUGAAUGGCCCAAGGUCACACAGCUCCUAAGUAGCAAAGCUGGAACUUGAACCCAAGUCUUAAGAAAAGUGCUUUAUAAGCCCCAAGGUCAUAUAUAAAUGUGAGUAUCAUUCUGAAUCCAAGUCUAAUGUUCUUUGUACUUAGCCAUGUUUUUUUUUUUUUUGUCAGACUGCUAAUUCCUGGGAUGGGGUUGGGUAACAUAAGAAAUUAAGGAAAGUGGAUUUCAAACCCACCUUUAUCUUUUUAUUUUUCAAGCACAGUGAUAUUUUACUCCACAAUACUAAAAUCUUCCCUUUGUAAAAUCAAAGGCUUACAGCAAUGCCUACUUCAUUACUGCUUUGCAGCAAUCUCACCAAUUUGUAGGCACUUAACCUUUUCUCACAGUCCAGAGAGAAGCAAGAAAGUAUUAGGAUGCUACUUUCAGAGGAAACAAAAGCUCAGCAAGGUUAAGUGACUUGUUGCAUAGCUAACGUGAGUGCCAGGAUUCAAACACAGGUCCCUGUCUCUUAAGUCCAAAGCUCUUUUCUCUAUAUUGUACAAUUUCAGAGAAAUCAUAGGUUUUGAGAAUUAGGAGUAAGUUUCUUCCCAUCUACUGCCAGAAUCCCUCUAUGAAUAUUUAUCAAGCUCUCCUAGUUUCCCUUUUGAACAGCAACAGUAGACAUCAAAGAAUUCUGAGGAAAAUUCAUCCCAAGCCCAGGCUCCAUUCUUGCUUACCUCAGAGGACCUCUAGUCUAGUAUUUUACAGAUGAGAAAAAAACUGAGCUCAUGUAAUCUUAGAUGACUUAUAUAUUGCCCUGAUAUAAAUAUGUAAUAUCUUG